AUAUCAGCGUCAUCAAUGAAAGAUACUUCCAUUAUUUUCAUCUCACUUUUCGAUUCAUCCUUCCCUCGACAAAUCUUCUUCUCUGCUUCUUUUUCUCACUUUUUUUGCAUCUCGUAACUCUUCUUGAACUCUUGCAGUCUCGCUCUCUCCUGGCGUGAUCUCCGGCAUCCUCUCCCCAAACUGAAUUCUUCGACACGCAACCAAUAAUUCUUGCGAACUUUUACGAAUCUUUGGUUCUUUCGGGAUCAAACGGUGCCAAACUAGGGUUUCAUAGUGAUUGACUUAAGCUUUUCGUCUUCCUGUACAGUGAGAAUCUCUUCUAUGAGCUGAGACAAUGAAGCCAGGAAAUUCUUCUUUGAAUCCUUAUGCAGCAUCAUAUGUACCACUCUCCAAACGAGAGGAUGCUGAGAAUAAAGUUCUUGAGAUAACAAGUGAUGAUUCUAAUACUGGUGAUACAGCUGUGUGGUCUGCACAUAAGAACCAGAAGGAUGCAGAAGAGAACCAGUUUCCAGGAAAAACUUCUCUUGACUACAAUGUUUGUGGCAUUGAAGAAUUACUCAAUUCCCUGGAUUUAACUAAGAAAAGCCACAUGGUUGGUGGUUCUCGUGAUUCAUGGUCAUGCAGUCCCAGUUAUUCAACAGAAAAGCACAACCCACAUGAUGAUUAUGAGAUGGAUCUGGCAUAUCUACAAUCCAUGUUUCCCAGUAUAUCUGCUCAGUCACUAGCUGAUGUAUACUCUGCAAAUGCAGGUGACCUAGAAGCCUCUGUUGACAUGCUCCGCCAACUUGAGAAUCCAGCUGAUGAUUCUCCAGAAUCUCCACGUCUUCCAGACACCUUGGACAUUGGCGAUGUGCCAGAUGAAGGUCCAUCCAUAAGGCUGAAGAAUACUAGGGGAAGCCAGCGGAUCAUCAUCUAGUCAAUCACCAUCUGCCUCCUGACGCAAUCGGGGCAAUAAGUGGAAAGAUAUGGUGAAGAAGGCGUUAUCUCUGCUCUUUUUUUUCCUGUUUUUGUAUCGUGUGGAUAAGAAGCAAGAAAAGAGGUCAACUGAGGUGUUGAAUAUCGACAAUGAUACAUGUUGUAAUUUUUCACUGUUUUGUUCAUUCUCCCUUUUCUUUUAGGCCCGUUCGUUUUUCCAUAAGUUACUUACCCGGGUAAAUCCAUCCCUUAUGAGGAUUACACUCCUCUGGAAUGAAAGUGAAUGGUUUUUUCUCCCUUUA